UGUAUAUAUAUAUAUGCGUACAUAAUUUAUUGAUUAAUUCCGCGUUCAAAUUUCCAUUGGACAAUGCGUAAAGCAGAAUAUAAUCAUAAUAGAAAAGUAUGACCGGAUAAAUUAUUAAAUUUCACGGGAAUAUAAGAUAUAUAAUGAUGGAGUGCAAUAGAUAUUUUCAUGGAUAUACUGAAAUAAUAAAUAAUAUUUAAUCAUAAAAUAAAAAUAAAACUUCUCACAUGACUUGAUUAAACGCUGACGAAGAAUUCAGUCAAUCAGUAUAAAUGAAAUCAAAUUCAUUAGUUGAACCAACCAAUCCAGAAUCUAUUCGUAGUAGCCCACUUGGCGGUGGAAAUAAAGAAGAACACGCUCGAUUGGUUACAAUUAUUCAGAAUAAUCUACUAGACAAAGUCAUUGUCUCCAAUCAUACCCUUAUAACUUGGCCAAUAGAAUUAACUUCAAUGCAUAUUUAUUCAACACAAAACAUGGAAAUAAUUCCACCCAAUACUUUAACAAACACUAACUUAUCUCUUGUAACACAAAAAUUCCACGGAAAAGACGAUGAACCUAGUGAAGCCUAUGGACAACAACAACAACAACAAUCACAACACCAAACUACACCUAAAAUCUCUUUAUCCAUAAGUUUGAAACGUCAGAAACGUAAAGAAGUCAACGAUCUGGAGGAUUGUUGUAGUCUUAGUAUACAAGCAGAAGUAAAUAUUCCUUACUGUUUUUCCGAUGAACAAACGGAGAGUAAAUACAGCGACAGAAAAUCACGAAGUGUAUCAGAAAAGAAUGACAGAAUAUUUAAGGAGAAAUAUCCUAGCGCUGGUAGUGAAGAACACUUGCCGCCAAGCAGUCAUCGUGAUUCGCCUAAUCUGAAAAUGCAAAGCAAAGAUUCUAUUUCAUCGCCAACAACAUGGCUUAAAGAUAGUUAUAAAACAGAUAUAUCAAUCACAUCAGUCAUUGAUUUAAUUCAUGGAAAAAUGUACAAGAAAGAAGAUAAAGACGGGAUUAUUACAACUCAGUUAGAAGAUAAUGUAGAGAAUACUACUAGUCUAAGAGAUUUACAAGAACACUCCAUUAUGAAACGUAUUCCUUCAGAAGAGUAUGAAAAAGACAAACCAUUUGAAAGUUUUAUUCAACCAGAAAAUAUAUUGACAGGUGAAGUAUUCAACGAUUUUAAUAUAUCUGAUGCAAAUAACCAAGAGGCUUAUAUAGGUCAAAUAUCAAACGAUGGGUUCAAGGCAGAAAUUCCGACAACAUUAGAUGAUAACACUGGAGAAUAUAAUCAAGAAGAUCAGACUGAAAUCUACAAAAAAUCAUUUCAGAAGACACUGGCAGACAGUGAUAUCGGUCAAAUGCAAGAAGAUUUACACCCUGAUAAGAGAAUUCCACAAUCUCAACCAAUUGUACGCACACAAUCGGAUGUUAUCCAGCCAACUAGAGAUCCAAGAAUGCAGAAUAUUGUUGACAAUACUCGACAUCAAUCAUAUAUUGACGACAGAAAAGAUGGACAAAAUACGGUACAGAUUAAAUCUAACAAACAAACCCUACCAGUCAAUAUAUCACCUAUUGGAGUAUCCCAACCAAUUGUACAAACACAGUUUGAUCUUAUCCGACCUAUUAGGGAUCUACAAAUGCAGAGUACCGUUGAAGGUAUUCAACAUACAUCAUAUACUGAUGAAUCUGACAAACAAUUCCCACAACUGAGCAUGGCACCUCCUGAAAUAUCAUUAUUUUCAAGUACUGUGAAUAGUUUACGUCUGUCUUCAGAUGUUGAUGAAAUACACGAUCAACCAUCCAGUAUUAGAUUACAGCCUAGUCAACAGAUUGAAUCAAAUUGUAUGUUAACAACUGACUACCUUUCAGAAUUACAAAAUACUAUUCAAAUUACACGAAGUCCCUCUGAGUUUGAAAUGAAUCAACAAACAACAUCAGAGCUUCUUCAUAUUCAACAGAAUAUAUCACCAACACCAUUGGAUUACUCUAGACCAACAUCCCCAUCAUCACCACGAAUGGUAAAUCUAUGCGAGAAUACACUAGAAAUUCUUAUUGAAACAAAAGACGAUGGAGAGGGGAUUAAAAAUGUGAAGAUCACAAGUGAAUUAAUUUUAUCCAUACAUAACACCGGGCAAAAUGAUAGUAAACUAUUGAAAUUUCGUGCUUCAAGUCUCCUACCACCAGAUUUCCUAUGCUUUAAACAAUCCAGUCAAUUUGAUAAAUCGGAUCGAUCACCGAGUCGGAAAUUAUUAUUAUCAUCAUCAUCAUCACCACCACUAGAGAAUAACAUUAACACUGAAGAGGAUAGCUUACCAAAAUGGAGUAUUAAAGAGGAUACUACUAUUGGAGGACAAUCAUAUCCAGACGGAAAUGCUUCAUUGAAAUCACCACCGACAGAAGAUCAGAAGAGGUUAGAGAAUUCACAGUCAGGUUAUACAAAUUUGUUAAGUACUCAAAAAGUAUCCUUAUCUGAUGAUAAGGGUAAAAUACACCAAGCAUUAUCAUCUCAAAAAUCAGAUAAUGAAGCUGAUAUUCAAAUGAAGGCGAUUACUAGUCAGUCGGUAAAUAGCACUUAUGAUGAGAAUUCGGAUACGACAACAGAAAAUAGUGAGUUAUUUCGUUAG